UUUUGAUCCUAGUCCGCUGCAUACUGUGUGGUAUGAUGGACUCCAGGUGACAGAGCUUCUUUCGGAUCAAUUCCGACCGCUCUCGCACCGUCUGUGCCUGGCAUCUCUAGUUUGGAGGCUUAUCAAGCCCCAUAAACCAGGAUCUACUCCUCCGGAGCUCCGUUCCUUCCACCUCUUUUCUCUUCUCCAAGACGGCUACUCAUCUUCGCGAGAAAUUGACCGGUGCGGGUUACACAACCCCCCCCCCUUCCUUCAGUAUUACAAGAUGGGUUCCAAAGUCGAGCUGGGGUCAUCGCUCCCAUAUGCGACAAUCCCUUCUGCUUCAUCCGGUCCAAACAAAACGCCGCGAUCUUCUCUAGCGCGCAAUAUGGGACGGGUGCUUCUCAGUUUUCUGCUCGCGUGUGUCUUCGUCUUCUUGACCAAUGCACACCGAUGCAACAGGCGACCGCUCACCCUGCAACAACGCGUCGACAAAAUCCUGUCGGAAACCCCAUUGAUAGAUGGUCAUGAUGAUUUGCCUAUUUUUAUCCGCUCCCUGUUCCAUAACCACAUCUACGGCGAUGACUUCAAGGUGCCUUUUACGGAGGGAGGUUUGAAAGGCCAUGUCGACCUGCCACGGCUUGCUCAGGGCAAAGUGGGCGGUACCUUCUGGAGUGUCUUUGUGGAGUGCCCAGAAAACUGGAGCGACUUCUCCGACGCAACAUAUGUGACCAGCGUGCGCGAAACUUUCGAACAAGUGGAUGUAACGCGACGUCUGCAGCAGGCUUACUCCGAUACUUUCUCUGCUCCCCCCAACGGUACGACAGCCUUGAAGGCCUUCCGCGAGGGCAAGAUUAUCUCACCACUCGGCAUCGAGGGUCUCCAUUCUAUCGGGAACUCGCUGUCCCACUUGCGAGCCUUCUAUUCCCUUGGAGUUUCAUAUGCCACGCUCACCCACAACUGCCACAACCGCUAUGCUGAUGCGGCGCUCGUCGAGUUUCCGGGUGGGGUGAAGAAAGCGGACCCUCUUUGGCACGGAGUGAGCGAGGCCGGCAAGGACCUCAUAUUUGAGAUGAACCGAGUCGGCAUGAUCGUAGAUCUGUCCCAUGUCAGUGCGGACACGAUGCGACACGUUCUAGGCGCUGGCAGAGACGACUGGGCUGGCAGCCGCGCGCCGGUCAUGUUCAGCCACAGCUCCGCGUAUGCAGUCUGUCCUCAUCCACGGAAUGUCCCCGACGAUGUCUUGGAGCUGGUCAAGAGACGCAACUCGAUUGUGAUGAUCAACUUUUCUCCGGACUUUGUCUCGUGUACCAAGUCAAAUAACCCGUACGGCUUACCAGAUUUCGACCCAGUGCAUGCAACGUUGGAGCAUGUGGUGGACCAUAUCAUGCAUAUUGGGAAUCUCAUUGGCUUUGAUUAUAUCGGGCUGGGAAGUGACUUUGAUGGCAUUCCGACCGUCCCGCGAGGUCUCGAAGAUGUGUCCAAAUUCCCCGAUCUAAUUGCUGAGCUUUUGCGGCGCGGAGUCAGCGACGAGGAUGCAGGCAAGGUGGCUGGAGGCAACCUGCUGCGGGUGUGGAGGGAGGUCGACGAGGUUGCGCUUCGGCUGCAGGCGGAAGGGGCACUUCCAGUCGAAGAUCAGUUGCACAGUGAAUGAUGUCAGCCCAAUAAGUAAGACAAUACUUACACUAGACGCGUCUGUCACGUCUCCCAUUGGACCAAGCCUUAUACAGGAACGGUAUCACGGUUCGUGGCAAUUUGGCGAUUCGUUUGAGGUCUAGGGUCCUUCUCUCUUCGCUAUUGGAUAGCUGAAGGCUGUCGUAUUGUUCCGGUUGGUUUGGUCUUGAAACGCGUAAGAUUGUGUUGCGCUGUUUAUAUAUGCCUGUUUAGGAAGGCGCGGGAUCGCAGCAUCAUGUGUACCUCAAAGCCUUCCCGGCUCCACUUCAUUUCUCUGUGGCCUUUGCAACAUCUCCGCAAUGCAUUUGCAAUUCAUUUCAAACGCC